AUGAAGCGCCGCUACUGUCCCGAAGUUGGAUCCAUGCAGCCCCAUUCAACUCAACCUGGAAAAACAGAGGAAGAGCGUGAUGUACCUGUUGCUGCCAAGGAACCAGAACCGCCACAACAGGAACCUGAGGUGGCUAAGAAGAAGUCUGAGUCUCCUAUUAAGAAAACAGUAUCGCCUCAAAAGGAGCCAGGGUCUUCACCUAAGAAACCAGAACCAGAACCUUCAAGAAAUGCACCACAGCCAGAACCAGAGGUCAAGACAGAACCUGAAGACUCCGCCAAGCUUGGCUAUGAAGAUGCUCCGAUGGAAGAAUUGGUUGACGCCACAACCUCCUAA